AUGUGGAAGAAGUUUUUCAAAAAGUCGGUCAGUCGUAAAGGCAACGCCAAAAGUCUGACCCACGGAGACAAUAAGGAUGGAAAUGAACAAGAUGGCCGUACUGGCACCGGUGAUUUGCAGGGCGCACUAAGCAGUGCUGUUCAUAAUGGACAACUUGACCUCAUCCCAAAACAAAUCGGUAAAGGAGCCGAGUCACAGAAUGGUCAUCUUGAUGUCGUCAAAGAAUUGAUCAGUCAUGGAGCCGAAGUGAAUAUUGUCGAAAAUCGCGAUUGGACUGCAUUACAUCUAGCUUCACGGAAUGGACAUCUUGAUGUCGUCAAAGAAUUGAUCAGUCAAGGUGCUGAGAAUGGUCAUCUUGAUGUCGUCGAAGAAUUGACCAGUCAAGGAGCCGAAGUGAAUAUUGUCGAAAAUCGCGAUUGGACUGCAUUACAUCUAGCUUCACGGAAUGGACAUCUUGAUGUCGUCAAAGAAUUGAUCAGUCAAGGUGCUGAGGUGAAUAAAUUUGAAAAUGACGGUUGGACCGCAUUACACAUAGCUUCACAGAAUGGACAUCUUGAUGUCGACAAAGAAUUGAUCAGUCAAGGUGCUGAGGUGAAUAAAGUUGAAAAUGACGGUUGGACCGCAUUACACAUAGCUUCACAUAAUGGACAUCUUGAUGUCGUCAAAGAAUUGAUCAGUCAAGGUGCUGAGGUGAAUAAAGUUGAAAAUGACGGUCGGACCGCAUUACACAUAGCUUCACAGAAUGGUCAUCCUGACAUUACCAAAUAUCUCAUCAGCCAAGGAGCCGAGGUGAAUACAAGCGGAAAUGAGAGUUCGACCCCAUUACAUUUGGCAGCACACCAUGGUCAUCCUGACAUUACCAAAUAUCUCAUCAGCCAAGGAGCCGAGGUGAAUAACAGCGGAAAUGACGGUUUGACCCCUUUACAUUUGGCAGCACAGAAUGGUCAUCCUGAUGUCGUCAAAGAAUUGAUCAGUCAUGGAGCCGAAGUGAAUAUUGUCGAAAAUCGCGAUUGGACUGCAUUACAUCUAGCUUCACGGAAUGGACAUCUUGAUGUCGUCAAAGAAUUGCUUAGUCAAGGUGCUGAGGUAAAUAAAGGCGAAAAUAACGGUUGGACCGCAUCACACAUAGCUUCACAGAAUGGACAUCUUGAUGUCGUCAAAGAAUUGAUCAGUCAAGGUGCUGAGGUGAAUAAAGUUGAAAAUGACGGUUGGACCGCAUUACACAUAGCUUCACAGAAUGGUCAUCCUGACGUCACCAAAUAUCUCAUCAGCCAAGGAGCCGAAGUGAAUAAAGUUCAAAAUGGCGGUUUGACCCCUUUACAUUUGGCAGCACACAAUGGUCAUCCUGACGUCACCAAAUACCUCAUUAGUCAAGGAGCCGAGGUGAAUAACAGCGGAAAUGACGCUGCUAUAAAUGGACGUCUAGAUGUCGUCAAAGAAUUGAUCAAUCAACGAGCUGAGGUGAAUAAAGUCGAAAAUCGCGGUUGGACUGCAUUUCAUCUAGCUUCACGGAAUGGACAUCUUGAUGUCGUCAAAGAAUUGAUUAGUCAAGGUGCUGAGGUGAAUAAAGGCGAAAAUAACGGUUGGACCGCAUCACACAUAGCUUCACAGAAUGGACAUCUUGAUGUUGUCAAAGAAUUGAUCAGUCAAGGUGCUGAGGUGAAUAAAGUUGAAAAUGACGGUUGGACCGCAUUACACAUAGCUUCACAGAAUGGACAUCUUGAUGUCGUCAAAGAAUUGAUCAGUCAAGGUGCUGAGGUGAAUAAAGUUGAAAAUGACGGUCGGACCGCAUUACACAUAGCUUCACAGAAUGGUCAUCCUGACAUUACCAAAUAUCUCAUCAGCCAAGGAGCCGAGGUGAAUAUAAGCGGAAAUGAGAGUUCGACCCCAUUACAUUUGGCAGCACACCAUGGUCAUCCUGACAUUACCAAAUAUCUCAUCAGCCAAGGAGCCGAGGUGAAUAACAUCGGAAAUGACGGUUUGACCCCUUUACAUUUGGCAGCACAGAUUGGUCAUCCUGAUGUCGUCAAAGAAUUGAUCAGUCAUGGAGCCGAAGUGAAUAUUGUCGAAAAUCGCGAUUGGACUGCAUUACAUCUAGCUUCACGGAAUGGACAUCUUGAUGUCGUCAAAGAAUUGAUUAGUCAAGGUGCUGAGGUGAAUAAAGGCGAAAAUAACGGUUGGACCGCAUCACACAUAGCUUCACAGAAUGGACAUCUUGAUGUCGUCAAAGAAUUGAUCAGUCAAGGUGCUGAGGUGAAUAAAGUUGAAAAUGACGGUUGGACCGCAUUACACAUAGCUUCACAGAAUGGUCAUCCUGACGUCACCAAAUAUCUUAUCAGCCAAGGAGCCGAAGUGAAUAAAGUUCAAAAUGGCGGUUUGACCCCUUUACAUUUGGCAGCACACAAUGGUCAUCCUGACGUCACCAAAUACCUCAUUAGUCAAGGAGCCGAGGUGAAUAACAGCGGAAAUGACGCUGCUAUAAAUGGACGUCUAGAUGUCGUCAAAGAAUUGAUCAAUCAACGAGCUGAGGUGAAUAAAGUCGAAAAUCGCGGUUGGACUGCAUUUCAUCUAGCUUCACGGAAUGGACAUCUUGAUGUCGUCAAAGAAUUGAUCAGUCAAGGUGCUGAGGUAAAUAAAGGCGAAAAUAACGGUUGGACGGCAUCACACAUAGCUUCACAGAAUGGACAUCUUGAUGUCGUCAAAGAAUUGAUCAGUCAAGGUGCUGAGGUAAAUAAAGUUGAAAAUGACGGUUGGACCGCAUUACACAUAGCUUCACAGAAUGGACAACUUGAUGUCGUCAAAGAAUUGAUCAGUCAAGGUGCUGAGGUGAAUAAAGUUGAAAAUGACGGUUGGACCGCAUCACACAUAGCUUCACAGAAUGGACAUCUUGAUGUUGUCAAAGAAUUGAUCAGUCAAGGUGCUGAGGUGAAUAAAGUUGAAAAUGACGGUUGGACCGCAUUACACAUAGCUUCACAGAAUGGACAUCUUGAUGUCGUCAAAGAAUUGAUCAGUCAAGGUGCUGAGGUGAAUAAAGUUGAAAAUGACGGUCGGACCGCAUUACACAUAGCUUCACAGAAUGGUCAUCCUGACAUUACCAAAUAUCUCAUCAGCCAAGGAGCAGAGGUGAAUACAAGCGGAAAUGAGAGUUCGACCCCAUUACAUUUGGCAGCACACCAUGGUCAUCCUGACAUUACCAAAUAUCUCAUCAGCCAAGGAGCCGAUGUGAAUAACAGCGGAAAUGACGGUUUGACCCCUUUACAUUUGGCAGCACAGAUUGGUCAUCCUGAUGUCGUCAAAGAAUUGAUCAGUCAUGGAGCCGAAGUGAAUAUUGUCGAAAAUCGCGAUUGGACUGCAUUACAUCUAGCAUCACGGAAUGGACAUCUUGAUGUCGUCAAAGAAUUGAUAAGUCAAGGUGCUGAGGUGAAUAAAGGCGAAAAUAACGGUUGGACCGCAUCACACAUAGCUUCACAGAAUGGACAUCUUGAUGUCGUCAAAGAAUUGAUCAGUCAAGGUGCUGAGGUGAAUAAAGUUGAAAAUGACGGUUGGACCGCAUUACACAUAGCUUCACAGAAUGGUCAUCCUGACGUCACCAAAUAUCUCAUCAGCCAAGGAGCCGAAGUGAAUAAAGUUCAAAAUGGCGGUUUGACCCCUUUACAUUUGGCAGCACACAAUGGUCAUCCUGACGUCACCAAAUACCUCAUUAGUCAAGGAGCCGAGGUGAAUAACAGCGGAAAUGACGGUUUGACCCCUUUACAUUUGGCAGCACAGAAUGGUCAUCUUGAUGUCGCCAAAUAUCUCAUCAGUCGAGGAGCCGAGGUGAAUAACAGCGAAAAUAAUGGUUCGACCCCAUUAUACGUAGCUGCACAGAAAGGUCAUCGUGAUAUAACAAAAUGUCUGAUCAGUCAAGGAGCUGAAGUCAAUAAAGGGAAAAAUGAUGGUUGGACUGCAUUACAUUCAGCUGCUAUAAACGGACGUCUGGAUGUCGUCAAAGAAUUGAUCAAUCAACGAGCUGAGGUGAAUAAAGUCGAAAAUCGCGGUUGGACUGCAUUACAUCUAGCUUCACAGAAUGGUAAUCUUGAUGUCGUCAAAGAAUUGAUCAGUCAAGGUGCUGAGGUGAAUAAAGUUCAAAAUGACGGUUUCACCCCUUUACAUUUGGCAGCACAGAAUGAUCAUCCUGAUGUCACCAAAUAUCUAAUCAGUCAAGGAGCCGAGGGGAAUAACAGCGGAAAGGACGGUUGUACUGCAUUACAUCUAGCUGCACAGAAUGGUCAUCCUGAUGUCGUCAAAGAAUUGAUCAGUCAAGGAGCCGAGGUGAAUAAAUCCAAAAAUGACGGUUUGACCCCUUUACAUCUAGCUUCACAGAAUGGUUAUCUUGAUUUCGUCGAAGAAUUGAUCAGUCAAGGUGCUGAGGUGAAUAAAGUUCAAAAUGACGGUUUCACCCCUUUACAUUUGGCAGCACAGAAUAAUCAUCCUGAUGUCACCAAAUAUCUAAUCAGUCAAGGAGCCGAGGUGAAUAACAGCGGAAAGGACGGUUGUACUGCAUUACAUCUAGCUGCACAGAAUGGUCAUCCUGAUGUCGUCAAAGAAUUGAUCAGUCAAGGAGCCGAGGUGAAUAAAUUCAAAAAUGACGGUUUGACCCCUUUACAUCUAGCUUCGCAGAAUGGUUAUCUUGAUGUCGUCGAAGAAUUGAUCAGUCAAGGUGCUGAUGUGAAUAAAGUUCAAAAUGACGGUUUCACCCCAUUACAUUUGGCAGCACAGAAUGAUCAUCCUGAUGUCACCAAAUAUCUAAUCAGUCAAGGAGCCGAGGUGAAUAAAGUUGAAAAUGACGGUUGGACCGCAUUACACAUAGCUUCACAGAAUGGACAUCUUGAUGUCGUCAAAGAAUUGAUCAGUCAAGGUGCUGAGGUGAAUAAAGUUGAAAAUGACGGUCGGACCGCAUUACACAUAGCUUCACAGAAUGGUCAUCCUGACAUUACCAAAUAUCUCAUCAGCCAAGGAGCAGAGGUGAAUACAAGCGGAAAUGAGAGUUCGACCCCAUUACAUUUGGCAGCACACCAUGGUCAUCCUGACAUUACCAAAUAUCUCAUCAGCCAAGGAGCCGAUGUGAAUAACAGCGGAAAUGACGGUUUGACCCCUUUACAUUUGGCAGCACAGAUUGGUCAUCCUGAUGUCGUCAAAGAAUUGAUCAGUCAUGGAGCCGAAGUGAAUAUUGUCGAAAAUCGCGAUUGGACUGCAUUACAUCUAGCAUCACGGAAUGGACAUCUUGAUGUCGUCAAAGAAUUGAUAAGUCAAGGUGCUGAGGUGAAUAAAGGCGAAAAUAACGGUUGGACCGCAUCACACAUAGCUUCACAGAAUGGACAUCUUGAUGUCGUCAAAGAAUUGAUCAGUCAAGGUGCUGAGGUGAAUAAAGUUGAAAAUGACGGUUGGACCGCAUUACACAUAGCUUCACAGAAUGGUCAUCCUGACGUCACCAAAUAUCUCAUCAGCCAAGGAGCCGAAGUGAAUAAAGUUCAAAAUGGCGGUUUGACCCCUUUACAUUUGGCAGCACACAAUGGUCAUCCUGACGUCACCAAAUACCUCAUUAGUCAAGGAGCCGAGGUGAAUAACAGCGGAAAUGACGCUGCUAUAAACGGACGUCUGGAUGUCGUCAAAGAAUUGAUCAAUCAACGAGCUGAGGUGAAUAAAGUCGAAAAUCGCGGUUGGACUGCAUUACAUCUAGCUUCACAGAAUGGUAAUCUUGAUGUCGUCAAAGAAUUGAUCAGUCAAGGUGCUGAGGUGAAUAAAGUUCAAAAUGACGGUUUCACCCCUUUACAUUUGGCAGCACAGAAUGAUCAUCCUGAUGUCACCAAAUAUCUAAUCAGUCAAGGAGCCGAGGGGAAUAACAGCGGAAAGGACGGUUGUACUGCAUUACAUCUAGCUGCACAGAAUGGUCAUCCUGAUGUCGUCAAAGAAUUGAUCAGUCAAGGAGCCGAGGUGAAUAAAUCCAAAAAUGACGGUUUGACCCCUUUACAUCUAGCUUCACAGAAUGGUUAUCUUGAUUUCGUCGAAGAAUUGAUCAGUCAAGGUGCUGAGGUGAAUAAAGUUCAAAAUGACGGUUUCACCCCUUUACAUUUGGCAGCACAGAAUAAUCAUCCUGAUGUCACCAAAUAUCUAAUCAGUCAAGGAGCCGAGGUGAAUAACAGCGGAAAGGACGGUUGUACUGCAUUACAUCUAGCUGCACAGAAUGGUCAUCCUGAUGUCGUCAAAGAAUUGAUCAGUCAAGGAGCCGAGGUGAAUAAAUUCAAAAAUGACGGUUUGACCCCUUUACAUCUAGCUUCGCAGAAUGGUUAUCUUGAUGUCGUCGAAGAAUUGAUCAGUCAAGGUGCUGAUGUGAAUAAAGUUCAAAAUGACGGUUUCACCCCAUUACAUUUGGCAGCACAGAAUGAUCAUCCUGAUGUCACCAAAUAUCUAAUCAGUCAAGGAGCCGAGGUGAAUAACAGCGGAAAGGACGGUUGUACUGCAUUACAUCUAGCUGCACAGAAUGGUCAUCUUGAUGUCGUCAAAGAAUUGACGAGUCAACAAGCUGAGGUGAAUAAAGUUAACAAGAACGGUGUGACCCCUUUACAUUUGGCAGCACACAAUGGUCAUCCGGACGUCACCAAAUAUCUCAUCAGCCAAGGAUCCGAGGUGAAUAAAGUCGAAAAACACGCUAAGACCGCAUUACAUCUAGCUUCACAGAAUGGUCAUUUUGAUGUCACCAAAUAUUUGAUCAGUCAAGGAGCUGAUGUUGAUAAGGCUAGUGACAAAGGAUGGUCAGCCUUAUAUUUUGCCGCAGCUGCUGGUCACGUUAGUGUUUCAAGGGCUUUGCUUAGUCAGCAAGCUGAGCUGGCCAAAGCAAAUAUAAUUCGUUGGACGGAGUUUCAUUCCGUUGCAGAGAGAGGCGAUCUUGAUGCCAUGACAGAUCAAGUCAGUCACGGAGUCUAUCUGAAUAAAGCUGGUUCUUUUGGUUGGACAGCCUUACAUAUUGCAGCAAGUAAUGGACACCUUGAUAUGACAAAAUAUUUGCUAAGACAAGGAGCUGAUGUGAAUUCUAGCAAUAGCUUUGGUAGGUGUGCUUUGCAUAAUGCUGCAACGAAAGGGAACUUGGAUAUCAUGGAAUAUCUGAUCAGUGAAGGGGCCGAUAUGAAUAAAGGAAAUGACAUUGGAUGUACUGCCCUACAUUUUGCAUCAGAGUCUGGCCAUUCAGAUAUCGUCGAAUCUCUAAUCAGUCAUGGAGUUGAGGCAGAUAAUUGUGACGCAUAUGGAAGAACUGCUCUCCAUUAUGCUUUAUAUGAUGGUCAGAUCGAUAUUGCGAAGUAUCUGCUUAGCCAAGGCUCUGAACUGAAUAAGAGAAGCAUGCGUGACUCUGUCAUCUUACAAUUUGAUGGACAGUAUGGUCACUAUGAUGCUGGGCGAUGUGUACAGAGUCAGGUAGGUCAUGCAGUUAGCAGACUCGUUGAUUCCCUCAUUGUUUUUAGGGGUGCUCCAGAAAGCGAACUUGGUAGAAGCAAAUAUGAAGAUGGCGAUGAGUAUAAGACAGUUCAAGGGGGAAUGGUUAUUGUGCAUAUGCUACUACUAUCGUCUGAUCUUGACAUUCAAGAUAAUCUUGAAAUAAGUCAAGAAGGCAGAACAGUUACUCGCACAUCAUUAGAAUUUGCUAUAGAACGUGGCUGUCUUGAAGUUGUUCGGUAUCUGAUCAGUCAUGGAGCUGAUGUGAACGAGUGCAACAAUGUUGGCUGGACUGCUCUUCAUUUUGCUGCGCAAAUGGGUCAUCUUCAUAUUGUAGAUUAUCUACUUGGACAAGGAGCUGAAGUAGCCAAAGGAGACGUUGAUGAUAUCUCGCCUUUGCAUGUUGCUGCAUUCGUUGGCCAUUGUGACGUUACCGAGCAUUUGCUUAGGCGAGGAGCAAAGAUCAACGAAUCCACCAAGGAGAAAGGUUCUACAACCCUACAUGUCGGAGUGCAGAAUGGUCAUCUCGAUAUCGCGAAAUGCUUGCUCAACCACGGAGCCAAAAUUGAUGUGACAGACAAUGACGGUUGGACUCCCUUGCACAUCGCUGCUCAGAACGGUCACAUCGAUAUCAUGAAGUGUCUACUUCAGCAACUUGCAGAUGUAAGCAAGGUUACCAAGAAGGGAUCAUCUGCAUUGCAUUUGUCUGCCGCAAAUGGACAUACCGAUGUCACAAGAUAUCUAUUGGAGCACAGAGCUGAAGCAAAUCUGAGGAAACCUGGGAAGACUGCGUUGCAACUCGCUGCAAAAGAAGACCAAGUACAUGGGAUAAGUACAGAUACGUGGUGUGCUGAAGGGCAGAAACACCCUUCUUCCCCAAAUGAUCGUGCAUACACUGAGGGUUUAACCGAAGAUGAGAAGAAGGUUCUUGGACAACAUGCUGAAAAAGGCUACACAGCAGUUCAUUUAGCCACGCAAAAUGGCUACACCUCCAUCAUCGAGACAUUAAUUUCUCAUGGCGCUGAUCUCAACAUCCAGUCCAUCGACGGACAGACCUGUCUUCACGAAGCCAUCAGACUUUGUGGUCGGAAGGACAGCAAAGUUGAAGCAACACCAGCACUCCAAAAGAUCUCAGAAGAGUUCUAUCAGAAUGAAUUGUCCCCCAAGAAGGCCCUGGUCUUCUAUCUCUUGGACCAUGGAGCGAAGCCGGACAUCAAGGAUAACCAAGGCAACCUACCAGUCCACUAUGCCAAGGAUGAAAUCAUUCGCCAGAUGAUAUUCUCAAGGUCUCCUGACAUGGACAUCAUCAGGGCUUGUCGAGCUGAAAAGUCGGCUCCACCGGUGGUCAACGCCGUCUCUGCUCAGGUUGGAUGUGACGGUAAAGAGCUCGAACUGGAACACCAUGGCAUUGCAAUGUCUAUCCCACCUGGGGCUGUCGAACAUUAUGAAUCUUGCAAGGUCACUCUCACCAUUGUGAGAGACCUCCCCAGUGUUGUCAUCCAAGAUGACACACCAAUGGCGGCCUACGGGAUCAGAUGUGACCCUCCAAAUAUGGUCUUCCACCAGCCUGUUAACAUCACGAUACCGCAUUCCACCUCAGUCAUCAACCCUGAGCAAGUGAUACCAGACAUCGUCUCACAUAUCUGGGAUAAAGGAAAGGGUUUACCAAGAAUUUCUAGGUCGAAAUCAACUGCUGCACCUGACAAAUUGCCAUUCUGCAAAGUCCUGGAGCGACAUCUUGAGUUGCACAUCGAUCACUGUGCCGAGUGGUGGGUUCUUCUUCCUCUAGAGCAAGAGAUCAUCCAUCUUCAACUCAUGUGUACCCCUUACGUACCGGACAAAAUUGAACGAGGCAAAGCGUUUGAUGUUCAUCUCCACCUGAAUGCAGAUAUGCCGGGGAUAGAAAUGUGUACCAGUGUGUACUCCGGUAAACUGUUCCAGUUAAUCACAGGUAGGAACACAGUGAGGAAGUGCAUGAACCCACUUUAA